AUGGCAACAGAACCCGAAGCCGAGGCUUUACAAAAGAAACUCCGCUCAGCGCUCUGGUUCCAGAUCGGCAAGAUUGUCGACGAAGAAAGCAUCAACUUGGGCGUCAAUGCCACGCCGCAGUUUAUUGGCAGUUUGAUGGAGUUGGUCUGGGCUCAAAUAGGAAAUGCUGCCAUCGACUUAGAAGCAUUUGCAAAACAUGCCGGCAGAUCCAAAAUCAAGACAGACGAUGUGAUGCUACUUACCAGAAGGAAUGAAGGGCUCGAACAGAUCUUGAAGCAGGAGUUGAAGAGGCUAGAGGAGAUGCACGACAAGGAGAAGACGAACGGCAAAAAGUGA